AAACUGUGGUUGGCAGAUCUCCUAAUCACAAGGGUUACUGUUCCUGGAAAGCUCAAUGCAUGUGUCAUAUCAGAAGAAAUUAUUAAAAGAAAUAACAUAACUUACAGAUGGAUAAGAAACAAAAAGCUCUAUUCCCAAUCAGGGGACUUUGUGGAAUUUACAUGUAAAUAUGGAUAUAAACCAACAGAUCCAUCCCCUCCUUUCCGUGUAAGGUGCAUUGAGGGUCAUAUUGAUUAUCCCAGUUGUUCAAAAGAACGUUCUUGGUUUUUUGGAUAAGUAUAAUUUAGAAAUGUGUAUGCUUAUUACUAAUACAGUUUUAAUAUUCAUAUGAAGUAUUGUUUAACUCAUUUCUUCUCAUUAGCAUAAACUUGUAUUGAUAUAUAGUGAUUAAUUUGGAGCCUGAGAGACUACUGACACAAAUGCAAAGCAGCAUAAGCAGUCCUUCUAAACGAGAAUGUGUGCUGUCCUAGAGCAAUAACCAAUGGCAAGCAAAUAGAUGUAAUUACUUCAUUGUCUGUGU